AGAAAGAGAGGGAGGGAGAAAGAGGCGGACGCUGGACUCCAUUAGCUUCAACCCCUAGGAGGUAGUUUGCGGGACUUGGACCAAUUCUUUGGAAAUUUUCUCCAUGGUAGAAUUGAAUACAUGAUUUAAAAAGGAAAGCAGUUCAAUCAUUGCAACGUUGGAAGUUUAAGUGGCACUUUUGGAUUUGGUUUACUUUACUUGUGAAGGGAUGGCGCUGGACGGUAUACGGAUGCCCGAUGGCUGCUACGCUGACGGGACGUGGGAACUGAAGAUGCACGUCACUGACCUCAACAGGGACGUUUCUUUGAGAGUUACCGGAGAAAUUCAUAUCGGCGGAGUCAUGCUGAAGCUUGUUGAGAAACUUGAUGUGAAGAAAGACUGGUCGGACCACGCGUUGUGGUGGGAGAAGAAGAAGACAUGGCUGCUGAAGACUCACUGGACGCUGGAUAAGUACGGCAUCCAGGCAGACGCCCGCCUGCUCUUCACGCCACAGCACAAGCUGCUGCGUCUGCAGCUGCCCAACAUGAAGCACAUGAAGGUCAAGGUGAACUUCUCCGACCGUGUCUUCAAGGCAGUGUCUGACAUCUGCAAAACUUUCAAUAUCCGCCACCCUGAGGAGCUGUCUCUCUUGCGCAAGCCCCGUGACCCCAAGAAGAAGAAGAAAAAGCUGGAGGAAUGUGAGGAGGAAGCUCUGGAACUGGAAGGGCCUCUGCUCACACCUGGAUCAGCCUCUGAGAUUAUACACAUCGGACCUGUGAAAGGGAGCAUCUACUCCAGCCCUGGCCUCUACAGUAAGACCAUGACUCCCACUUAUGAUUCUCGAGAUGGCAGCCCACUCUCCCCCACCUCUGCCUGGUUUGGAGACAGCCCUUUGUCUGAGGGCAAUCCCAGCAUCCUCGCUGUUAGUCAGCCCAUUUCCUCCCCCGACAUACUGGUUAAGCUCUACAAACCACCAUCUCUCCUGGAUAAGGCCAAGAUUAAUCAGGGGUGGCUGGAUUCCUCCAGGUCUCUGAUGGAACAGGAUGUUAAGGAGAAUGAGGUUCUGCUAUUGCGGUUCAAAUACCAUAGCUUUUUUGAUCUCAACCCUAAGUAUGAUGCCAUCCGGGUAAACCAGCUGUACGAGCAGGCCAAGUGGGCCAUCCUGCUGGAGGAAAUCGAGUGCACAGAGGAAGAGAUGAUGAUGUUUGCUGCCCUCCAGUAUCACAUCAACAAGCUGUCCAUCAUGUCUUCGGACAACCACAUGAAGAACAGCGAGAACGAGGUGGACGAGGUGGACGCAGCCCUGUCAGAUCUGGAGAUCACCCUGGAGGGAGGGAAGACCUCCAACACACUGGGUGAUAUUACAUCAAUUCCUGAACUGGCUGACUAUGUGAAAGUCUUCAAGCCAAAGAAGCUGACACUGAAAGGGCCCAAGCAGUACUGGUGCACAUUCAAGGACAUCACCAUCUCCUGCUACAAGAGCCGAGAAGAGGCCCAUGGCAUCCCCGCCCACCAGAUGAACCUAAGAGGCUGCGAGGUGACCCCAGAUGUCAAUAUUUCCGGUCAGAAAUUCAACAUUAAGCUGUUGAUCCCAGUGGCUGACGGCAUGAACGAGAUCUGGAUGCGAUGUGACACGGAGAAGCAGUAUGCACAGUGGAUGGCUGCCUGCCGUCUGGCCUCCAAAGGGAAGACGAUGGCAGACAGUUCCUACAAUCUGGAGGUCCAGAACAUUCUGUCCUUCCUUAAGAUGCAGCACAUGAACCCUGACCCCCAAAUCAUCGAGCCCAUCACCACCGAUAUCAACCCAGAGUGUUUGGUGUCACCCCGGUACCUGAAGAAGUACAAGAACAAACAGCCUGGCUAUAUCAGGGAUAUGAUCUCUGCUCGUAUCUUGGAGGCCCAUCAGAAUGUGGCCCAGAUGAGUCUGAUUGAGGCCAAGAUGCGCUUCAUCCAGGCUUGGCAGUCGCUACCAGAGUUUGGGAUCACUCAUUUCUUGGCCAAGUUUCAAGGUAGUAAGAGAGAGGAGCUGAUUGGCAUCACCUACAACAGACUGAUUCGUAUCGAUGCCAGCACCAGGGACGCCAUUAAGACCUGGCGCUUCAGCAACAUGAAGCAGUGGAACGUGAAUUGGGAGAUCAAAAUGGUCACGGUGGAGUUCGCUGAUGAGCCCAGUCUCUCCUUCAUCUGCGCUGAGGUGGACUGCAAGGUGGUGCAUGAGUUCAUCGGCGGCUACAUUUUCCUGUCCACACGCGCCAAGGACCAGAAUGAGUCUCUAGACGAGGAGAUGUUCUAUAAGCUCACCAGCGGCUGGGUCUGAGAGCUCCUGCUUCACACGACUGAAAAGGGGAGGGGCUGUUGGGGUGGGUGUGGCUGGGGGGCUUUGAUUCUCUUACUCUUUAUCUUGUAUUAUUUUUAACCAUGCCAAGGGUCUGAUAUGGCCACACAGAGAUUGUUUGAAAGCUGACACUUUUUUUUUUUUUUUUUUCCCCCCCCUUGUGUUAAUACUGACAUACACAUUCACUUAACACUAAUGACAAGGAUGAGGGGUGUUCUUGCUGCACCCAGGGCUGAGGCAUGUCUGCAAAAUGCUUCCUGAAGUGAGGAGCUCCUUUCCCAGAGACACCUGCUGCCACCACCUCUGUCUCUUCAUGCAGUGCCUUUCCAUCCUACAAGAGCUAGUGUGAUAACCAUGACCUUUCACCUUGCAUGGAAAUGUAUCAAAAUUUACUCAAUUGUAACAAAACAACAACACCCCCACCCCUCCCCCCCACCCCACUAUUCCCAUCACUCAGCUUUGUUGCGUUUCAGUUGUAUUGAUUUGGGGAGCCAAGCGUUGUGGUUCUCUUGGUGCUCAGUUGUGUUUAUUAAUCCUGUUGUCUCUACGCCGCUUCACUGUGACCUCGUACACCGCCGCGUUCAUGGCACCUGCCUUGGACUCAUCCGCCCUGUCCGUUUACCACCACAGGCUCAUUGCCAGCAGCCGCUAGAUGGCAGUAACAGCCAUUUUAAUGAAGGAACUUUAGCACUACGUGUUGCUCAGAAUGAGGGAGGUUGGGUUGGUGCAAGAUUAGUGCUGAGCAGAACAGACAUCCAAAACAAUAUAAUCUUGCAACUAUUAAGAAUUGAUAAGAAUUCUCCUUUUGUCUGAUCUGUUAAUUUGAAAAUACUGCAAGCACUUCUGCAAUGAAGUAAAAGUUCCCACAUGAAUAAGCUGGAGUUUGUGUAGCUUUUUAUAUGUGUGUGUGUAUAUAUAUCGCGUGGUAGGACAGCUGUGCAGUCAUGUGUCCAGCACUACUAGUGAAUGACUGCUAGACGGCUUUGGGCUUUGUCCACUGUAACAAACACAGUCCGCCAUUUUAUUCUUGCUACAAACAGUUUUGCAUUGCACGACAUAAACAAAACACUGAAUGCAACGUUAUGAAGGAUAGAAUCCAGGAUUUCAGCCUGCUUGCCGCAAUGUUCCAAAUGUGUUAUCCUCUAGAAAACAAAUGUCCUGAAGUAAAACGGUAAACAGCCGGAGGUCUUCUCUUGCAGCUCAGUGCCUGUUGGGCCUCGGUGGGAUCACCAGGCUUGUUAACAUAGUCUCUGCCUUCCUGCUCAGUUUGGAGUGAGGAUGACCUCAGCUCAGCAAGAAAAACAUCGAGUUUGUUUCGAUUUUCCUGUGCAGCCUGCUUGUCUAUCUUUCAAACUUUAUCAAAACCGUAUAGUAUUAUUCAAAACCAAUAUACUGUUGCACACCAGCAAUAGGUCACUGUUUUAAGAAAAUACAUGCGAUGUCCAUCUUUUUUUUUUCUGAAUAUGAAGGAACGCUAAACAAAGUAUUAGUUUUUGUAACUAAUGUAAAAACACAGUUUUAUAGAAUUGUACAGUUAUUGUCGUUUUGUUGCUGCUUUUUCCUGUCGUUUUUUGGAAGUACAUUUUUCCAGAAGAGUAGGAAAAAAGCCAUCUUUGAGCAGUGCGUGGUAUGAUGUGUGCCUGCCAAUGUUAAGGUCUUACUGAGUUUUUAAGAGUAAAAUAUAUAUAUAAAUAUAUAUAAUGUUGUGAAGCAUGUCUCAAGCUCCAGAUCUGGAAAAUCUGAUUUAAAUUUUGUUGCUAUACAUUCACUCCUACAUUGAAGGGCUUUCCCAUUACUGGUUGCUUUUUUAAGCCUUAAAUUAAAUACAGUAUAUAAACGCGUAUUUCUUUCUGCUGAGGUCUUUGCUAAGCCUGUUUUGUUUCUGUAGUCUUAUUUAUGUUAGUACUCAACUGAAGCAUCGUUUAGCAGCCAGCACUACUGUGUGCUGUUUACUACAUUGUCACUAUAUUCUUAGUUCGUGGUUUUAUUUAGCACCACACAAGCCAUGAUUUAAGAGCCAAGUGUUUGGUCAUACGUUUGGAAGGAGAAUGUCGACAUCCUGAAGUUUGAGACAAAUUGCCAUAAAGUGAGCUAAAAGAAAAGCUAGCUUAGCAUAUCUUCUGCCUAUAUAUAUAUUUUUUUUUUUGUUUUGUUUUGUUUGCCUCAGAUGUUCUGAAUGGCAGUGCAUGGCCUGCUGUUUUUAGAAUGUAAAAUGCAUUUAUUUUAAAAAUAAAAGAUUUUUAUUUAAAAUCCUAAAA